GUUUUAUGAAAGGAAAAUGGCGGCAAGUGGCACAGUGGAUGUGGCCGAAAGCGGGUGAGUUUUAUUCUUUUUUAAGACUAAAUUGCUCGUUUAUAGUUCUUAUACCAUUUUUUAACCAAAGGAAAUCGCUUUUUGUUUCGCUAGAAGAAGAAUUCGAUUCCAUUAGAGUGCAAAUAAUAGGCUAAAAUAGCGAAAGUGCACACAUGUACGGUCGACUACGGCUCAAUUUUGAAGUUUUCAUUCUUUCGUUCUUGAAGCUUAACUGUCAGCUGUAAUCCGUUUUCACAUGAUUAAGCAAAGGUGUAAGAAUACUGUGUGGAAUUGAUGACAUGUUUAUGCUAUGCACAGCAGUUACAAUCCUUUUUUCACCUGUAAAUAUUGUCAUAUCCACUGCACCUCAUAGAAUUAAGCUGCUCUUUCUGUAAUAUUCACUUGAAGAUGGGGAUGAAACUUAUGUUGUCGUUUUCUGCAACCUGUAUAAUGAUACUCGUCUAGAUUUUUAUAAUGGAAUAAAUGCAAAAUAUCUCUUCUUCACGGAAUUCAACCUUGACUCAAAAAUAGUGUAUUUCCUUUGCGAUAGUAUUGAUCCUUUCGUAUGCAGACUCAUUUCUGCUUAUAUUUUUCAAAUGAUGGAAACAAGACGUGAAACUUCUUUUAAAACAAAAUCAUGUACCCAUGUAGCCACCCUGUAGUAAAUUGUUUACAUUAGUUAAGUAUCAAAUAUCACAGCAAUGAAAAAACCUUUCAGCUAUUUCUGUGUCAAAUAUGUGAGAUUUCCACCCUGUCAUGAGCGGGAUUUCCGGAAACCUCCCAGCGACUUCUGAAGAUUUCCGACAACUUUUCGAAGACUUCCGAACAUUGCUGAAAAUGUCCGCAGAUGUUCUGAAGACGUUAGAGCACUUUCGAAGCUACUUGAAAGAUACUUUGAUUUAGUUAGAGCGCAAAAAAGGAAACAAAGUCAUCAUUUAAUGCCUUUUAGGAUUGAAUUUUCAUUAUUUAUCGUGUGUUAAACAACAAGUUGUCCGGAUUUGUGAGUCAGGCGUGAGAAAAUAAUUAAGUACAUUCGUAAAAUAAAAUGGAAAGGAAAAAAAAGUUUUUCGGGGAAAACAAAAAUUACUGUCCUAGAGUACUGUUGCGUGGUUUGGCAUAACGCCCUUCCUGGCUACCUGUCUAGUGAAAUAGAGUGGGUCCAAAUGCGAGCUUUAAGGAUAAUAUACCCUCGAUCCUCAUACCAGGAAGCUUUACAAUGUGCUAAAAUCGCUAGACUUGAAGACAGGCGCAAUGAACUCUGUAUGAGGGCUUUUGAUAAAAUUAUCAAAGGUGGACCCUUGUCAAAACAUCUAACCCCGUUAAGGUCUAUUGCCCAUGACUACUCCCUUAGAAACUCUAACUCUUGGACGUCUUUAAAAUGUAAAACCGAGCAUUUUAGGCGAAGCUUUUUCCCUAGUACUGUCCUAAUGGCAAAUGCAACAUCCUUCAAAAAUUAACUGUUAAAUAAUUAAAUUUUAAAAAUUAAAUAGGUAGUAUAACUCUUUUUAGUAGCUAUGAUUGAAAUUUAUGUAACUCUUGUACGUUUUACUAUUUUAAAUUAUUUUGUAAACCCGGUCCCAAUUAGGUUUUUGUAAUUUUCCGAACCUUGUAAACACAUUGUAAUUCAUUUUUAAUGGGAGAACAUGUCGAUUAAACAUCUUUAUUAUUAUUAUUAUUAAGUAAGACAAUAGAGCACAAUUUAUUACACAGGAAAAUGGGUAAAUUAAGAACACAUGCUUUACAAGCAUAUUAAGAUAUAGAUUCAGCCAGAGCUAAAAGCGAAGCCCUGGUUAAUAUACUUAUGAACAAAAAAAUAAAAUCAUGCAGGAUGCAAAGAAAGUCAGUUUUACAACCUGCCAUUUGGGCAAGCUGUAGCUAGCAUGUAGUAGCCCACAAGUCAUUUCAACUAGCCCCAAAACCCUUUUGAUUAGCAGGAUUGAUUACAAUCCUUCUGUAAUUUGAAUUUCCCCCCAAAAACAGCACCUGCCCGUCAGGCAAGUUAAGAACAAAAAUCACUAGGCCGAUAGCAAAAUCCACUAGCCCUGGGCUAUCGGACACGACAUUCUUUGCACACUGAAUCAUGUACUGCUAAAAGGCAACAGAAAUGAGAACAGCAACAAAAUCAAUAGAUGUAAUUAGCAAAAAAAAAAAAAUUGCACAUGCAGCACUCUUACAUUUCUUUGCCGUUGUUUUGCAUGAGUAAAGCGUGUAACCUCCUAGUUACACGUAUUUAUUUUAUGGAGGAAUUGGCGUAUGUGCUCAGCAAAAAUUUUGUUGCUAGUGUUUCUGUUCACUUGUAAUUUUUUCAAUGCCACUCAUUUUCACCUUGCUUGCUGCUCCUUGCUGGCGGCUAGCAUUCCUCAUUUUCUCACUGCCGCUAUGAAAUUUUCACCAACAAAAUUUUUCUCCUUUGUUUCAAAGCACUUGCUCUAGCUCUUUCUCUGUUAUCCACGUGAGUGUAGACAUAAAAAGAAAUUCAGUUGUUGUAAAAUGGUGAGCGGUUCAAUAUAUUUGUCUUGGUCCUUUAGCGUCUUUGUGAGAAUCUCAUGUAGUCAUUUUUUUGAAAUUGCCGUAUUUAAGCUGUUUUAAGUGUGUUGGUAUUGUAAUUCCAUGCUUUGGUUCCAAAGUUUGAUAUUGGUGUGGUGAUAUUGAUCAUGUCUGCUGAUACAAGUGUAGAGUGCAGCAAAUAUUAGAAAAAUAUACAGAUUUUAUGUGGCAAGAAGGCUGAGUUUGCUCAACCUUUUUUGAGUCUGGCGGCAAAUGAUGCAGUUUCUCUUAAGUAGAAUAAACCUUCCGCUGUCAAGUGACAAUAAUUCCUUGGGAUGCAGUGCUAAAGGGCUCAUGGAGAGGGUUUAUAAAUUUUUUGAAAUUUACCUCAUGCGGGGAUUGUGUCUGGAUUGCUGAGCGAGAAGUGAACUCCUUUUUUGCUAUACUUCUAUCUGUUUGCUUAUUGUCUACCAUUGUUCAGCAAAAAAUCUGUGGCAAAGCAAACUUAGCCAGGCAGCUAUUACAGCUAUUAAUUUUAAGUGGUUAAAAAUGCUUUUGGCGAUGAAUUUAACACUAGAAGUAUUUUAAAGAAAAAAUGGAGGCAAUUUGGACCUCAAGAGAAAAUUUUUUUUGCGUCCUUCUUGCUUUGUAGUUGAUUUUUAUGGGCUCUAUCGGGUGUAGUGUAUGUUUUCCAAAUGCACUGAGUGCGUUUUGUUCGGCUUUGUAUCAUCAUGACCCUGCUUGUUUUUUGAAAUACAGUAAUAGCCCGCGUAUAAGAACCUGAAUUUUUCAAUUUAGCCUAAAUAGGUUCUUAUAUAAAUGGUACUUAAAGCAAAGUUAGGCUACCGAGGUUCUUAAAAUAGGUUCUUAUAUUUUCAUAUGAAUUUCAUCUGAAUAUACUAUAUAUAUUAUAAAAAUCAUCUCAUAAUACAGUAUAAAUCAUUUAUUUGUACCAUAGAGCAAUGCCUGUCCGCAGUUCAAUGCAGGUACAGCAUAUGUCCUUAACAAAACAUAACAAAGAAAGUUUCUACCUAUACACUUUUACAGCAACCCCACUGAUAAGAACCUAACUUAAAAUUUUAGCCUAAAUAGGUUCUUAUGUGGAGGGGGCUUAAAAUGAAAAUUUUAGCCUAACAGGUUCUUAAAACCCAGGUUCUUAUACGCGGGCUAUUACUGUACCGUAAAAUUCCGAAAAUAAGCCCCUCCAAAUAUAAGCCCCCCAAACUUGUAACACAAAAAACCCUGUGAUAAAUCGCCUCUCCAAACACAAGCCCCCGGGGGCUUGUACUUGGAGAUUGCCCUCAAAUUCAAAAUAAAACAAAGCAAAAUUUGUACAGUAACACAUAAAUUUUUGCAUUUCCCAAAGAUCUUUUACAUAAAUUUUCUUCCUAGUAUAAGCUAGCCCAAUGGAUUAUUUCCCUCCCACUAUAUUUCUAGCUGAUUUAGAAAUGCAAACAAGCCUCUCCAAAAAUAAGCCUUUGAAAGACAUAUGCCUCUGGGCUUCUUCUUUGAAUUUUACAGCACAUCUUUGAAUUUUGCUUAUGAGGCUUAAUGAUUAUGAAUUUUCUUGGCAAGUAAGGAGCCCCAGGUUUGAAUCCUGGAGAAACUGUUUUUGUUUUGUAUGUUGUUUUCUUUUUCUUUCCUCUCUUGGCUUCUUUUCUUUUUACCUGCUACUGACCCUUGAGCUUUGAGAGGUUCUGUGAUUCUCAUAUUUGUAGUAUUUUUAGUAUCUAGUUAUUUCACUGAAACAUUGUACGUUGUGAGUAAAAGGGUAAAUUGUUUCCAUUUAUUGUUUUCAGUGGUGAAGUGAUCCUUGAUCUACAGAAGUUCCAAAUUCAACCCAUGGAUACUCUUAACACUGAACACUUGCAGUUACUGAUACUGACAGCUAAUCCCACUACUAGUGGUGAAACAAUAGGGAGGACUUCUUCUGACUCAUUUCCUGAGUCUUCUCAAGCUGAAGCCCCGUCGCUGGUUACUGAAACAGCAGUGAUUGCAGAAGAAGCAGGGUUGUUUGUGCAGGUUGAAAGUACAACUCCUACUUUACAGGUUGAAAGUACAACUACUACUUUGUUGGCAAGCAGCCAUGACGUUGCUCCGUCCAAAGCUGCAGCGGAUGGUGGGGAAAAGGACUUUAUUUGCACGCAGUGUAAUAAGUCCUUUGCGGGUCCAUCAAGUUUAAGCCGGCACAUAAAAACACACAGCAAUGAGAAGCCAUUCAAAUGUAUCCCAUGCAACAAAGUCUUUUCCAGGUUGUCGAGUUUGAAGAGGCAUCAAGGCUCCCAUGCAGAAGAAAGACCAUUCAAAUGUACCGUUUGUGGCUGGACGUUUCUGCAGAACUCAGAUCUGAAAAUCCAUGAAAGAACACACACUGGGGAGAAGCCAUUCUCAUGUGACAGAUGUGAGCAGUCAUUUGGAUGCAAAAAGCGUCUUAAGGCGCACUACCGAAAACACACAGGGGAAAAGCCCUACAAGUGUCCCCAGUGUGGGAAGUGUUUCUCCAUGAGAAAAAAUGUCAUCCAACACAUCCGAAUUCAUACUGGUGAGAGGCCAUUCACUUGUGAAGUAUGCAAGAAGGAUUAUCGUCAUCAGCACACACUCAAGAAGCAUAUGCAGCUUCAUACUGUCAGAUUCCCCUCCGCAUCAGCUAGGUUAGUGGUUCAGGGUGUGUCAAAACCUCUGUUCGAUUGUCUGGGGCAGGUAGAAAUUUAGUUUGGACAUGUAAACCUUUGACAUGACUUUUCCAUGGGACAAGCACAUUUUUAAUUAGAAAAAAUACUGAAACAUUUGAAAAUUGACUUCAAAUUAUUAGUAGAAUUAAAAGUUUACCUUAGUCAUAAAAGGAAUCCUCAUACAAAAUGACAAAAAUAAGGGUAAAUAUUCCUUUUAACCUUGCCAUACCAGGGCCAUUUCAUUUGUUUGUAUGAGCUCCACUUGGCUUAGGAACCGGACAAAACUCUUUGGACAAGAACUCUUGGAUCUUGGACAACCAAAUUCAAUAUAGUGCUUCUCCGAGGGACAAGUGGAUAGGAAAAUUUUUCUCUUACUCUGUGGUUAGGUGAUGAUCAUUGGUUGUAUGUACAGGAAGUGAGAAGUUGAUUUGUCAAAAAUUGAAAUGUUACAAUGUUCAAGGAAUUUUGUGCAUGUAGAUUUCUUUAUUUACAGGUGGAAUAAUGAUAUACUAUGCUACUCUGUGAGCAGCAUGUAAAGAAAGCAGUUUUGGGGCUGGUGGAUUUUGCUAUUAGGCUCGUAAAUUCAGUUCUUAACUUGCCCAAUGAACAAGUGAAGUUUUUGGGAAAUUCAAAUAAUAAUUAUUAUGUAAUUAUUACAUAAGAACUGUACAUGUAAUCAAUGCUCAUCAACAUAUUUUUCAAGCUAGUUUACAUAACUGUUCGGCUAGUACAUGCAAGUUACAGUUUGCCUGAAUGGCAAGCUUUUAAACUAACUUUCUUUGAUCCGACAUGUUGUGAGCCAGAUCCACUGUAUGAACCAGGAAACUGCAAAACAAUGAUUAGAAAACAAUUUUCCAUUUUCUAUACUAUUAUAUCGUAUAAAUAUGGCAUGAAUGUUCAAAACUCAAGUGGAGCCAGAAUGGCCCGGCAGGUGGUAUCACUGCAAAGUUUCAAAUUUAAUGUUUUGAUGUCAUUACUUUUUUUCCAUAAAGUAUAGACAAUCGAAAAUAAUUCAUUACUGAGGGGUUUUAAUAAGCACCGACGACUGACGAAACGCGUCGGCUACAUUGCUCAGAGAAGUCGGCUACUUUUUCCUCCUAAGAAGAAGCAACUAGUUUGAAUAAUGUCAUGGACAAAAAUAUAAUUUGUUCAUGCGGAAAUGUAUGUAACUCAAGCAUAAUUAUCAUUUGUUCAUUGCGUUCAGGAGUUAAUUCUGUGGCUAAUAGAUCAAAAUUUGACUAAAACCCAAAUGUUCUUGAAUGGAACACUCGCUCUUUUAUACUCAGUUUAGUCCCCUAAACGCUGGAAAUCGCUUAUUAGCACUUUGCAAUUUCAAAAUUCUCUGGGGGAGCAUGCUCCCAGACACCCCUUGAAAACAUGGACUGUUGAUACAGUCGGUUACUCUAUUGAAAUCUGCUUGGCUACUUCAAUUUUUAUUGAAGCACCCACUCUCAAGGUCCAAAAAUUUGAUGAGUGCCCAGCAUGCCUAAUUGAAUAAUAUGGUAUCCUACUGAUGAAUAGUUGUAAUUUUAUCUGGUCUUUCAUUAUUAUUAUUUUUUUGUUCUUAGUGAUGGAGAUGGUAAUGACCAAGCAGCAGUCUGGCCUCGUAAAAGAAAGAAACCUAACACCACAAAGGCUGCAACUACAAGCAGGUAGAUUUCUGUCUGACUUUUACACCAACAAUCUCCAUUGUAAACGUGUAAAAACUAACGAAAUAAUGUUGAGCCAUUAUCGAGGACUUGUAAUAAAUGCAAGAUGAAAAGAGUUUUCAAUUAUUACUUUCACUUAAACUCUUUUCUAACCAACAAUUAUCAAUUUUCAAUUCCUUGAUAUUGGUUGCGGAAAUGUCGGGACAUAAUCUUGUUAGUUUUUAUAUGAUUGUGUUUCCCCAAAUCUUUAUUAAUAAGAAUUUCUAAUGCUCCCCUUUUAAAUUAAUUAUGCCAAAAAUACUGUUUGAAGAUACAUGUAUCUGAUCCAUUUUCUGGUUGCCGUGUGGCCAAAAGGAAUCAAAACUAGCCAUAAUUUUGUGUACAUGUGUACAAGUCCAGCACUAUUCUGGCACAAGCGGAAAUUUAUUAGAGCGUUAGGACUUAUUAAAUGAAGUCCAAUAAUGAUACAUUGCAAGUAUUGUUUUUUUUUUUAACUGGUUAUGAAUUAUUUCAAGUGAUUUUGUUUAAGUGAAUGCUUUGAACUUUUCAUUGUAAUAGGAAGAAAGCAGGUAAAACGCCUGGAAGCAAAAGUGGUAAGCAACAGAAAGACAGCAAAGAGAGUAAUUCAGAAGCCUCCAACAGGUGCGUAAUUUGAAAUACAUCUGCAUGUACAUGUAGGCAUCAUACUAUGCUUAAUGGUAGUUGUGCAAUGUUUUCAAGUGGUAUAUCAUGAAAUAUUCCAUGGGUGACUUGUUUUUUCUCAGUAUACAAUGUACACAUGAGCCUUUACAUGUAGGUCCUUUAGGCAUGUGUGUAUAUGUUGUGGUUCAAUUUUAUCCUUUGGUUAAAUUCUUUUUCCCUUUGUUUUGGGGUAUGGUAAUGCAUGAUAAUCAGUUGAAAACAAAGGCAAAUAAAAAUUACAGCAAGGAUAAAACAAACCAUUUUCGAUAUAUUAGAAUUCAUACUUGCUCCGAGACUGAGGGGAAUAAAACAAAAGAAAUGUAUUAUUCAUUGCUGAGCCUCAAGAUGAUUUCUUUUGUUUUAUCCCCAAGCCUUGCAGCCAAGUAUGAAUUUUAAUGUAUGGGAAUUGAUGUAUUGAACCACAACAUAUACAAAGAAAAUUCAAGUCUUGGGUGCUUUCUGUAGAGUUCGGCAUUUCAUACCAGUUAGUACGCAGCUCUUAAAAAUCUCCAGUUUUAUUGGUUCUCCGUAAUACGCUUUUACAUUGUUUUAGGGAUAGAGUCAUUGUUAUAUUUCUAUGUCUAUUGUUUUCACAGCCAGUACUGUGAGGCCUUGUAAAGUGCUGCGUGGCACACCUUUCAUACAUGUACAUGGUCUUUCAUGUAAUAUAUCAAGCAUGAGAUGCAGUGUUUCAUCACCAGAUGAAACACCGAGAAGAAAGUUGAACUUCAAGGUGUUUCAUCUGGUGAUGAAACACUGUGUCGAAUGCUUGAUAUUACCUCUCAAACAAAAUGAUUUAGAGGGAGAAAUUAAGGAUGCAAAAAUGAGCAGUUUUCAUCUGAUUUCCAAACACUCAUUAAACAUUAAUUUCCUUUGUAUUUUCCUUAUGAAUUAUGAAUGAGUUUUAGAAGUACUGUUCUUUAUGUCCAUUGUUAACAUCCUUGAAUAAAGUAUUGUAAGUUAUUGACAUGGUUGAUACAGAAAGCACUUCCAUUUGCCACAUUCUAAAUGAGUUGAAAAGUGGGUACAAUAUGCGACCCCAAAGCUUCUUGGAGUGGUUAAGAGGGACAGCAGAAAGGUUAGCAGACAUGGCGUGUCACAAGUGCUGUCUUCCAAGCUGCGAAAAAAACAUAUUUAUUUGAUUAACCACUCAGGGCGCUCAAUAAAUUUUUCGACCUUGAGAGUGAGUGCUUAUUCGAGGCUGGGCACUUAUUACAUUUUCACCAUUUCAGCAAGUGUAGUAUGUUUUUUUUGCAACAAAGCAAUAUAUGGUAGUAACAAAACACAAAGAUGUAACAAAGCAAGGUUUCUGUAAAAUACUCAGCGGAAAACUUUGUCUUUGGAGAGUCUCUUAUUAGUUCUUAUUCAAUUUUUUGGGGGGGGAGGGAAGGGGCGCUUAUUUGAAUUUGAGUGAGAGGGGGAGUGGGGGGGGGAGGGGGUGGGCACUUAUUCGUGGCUGGGUGCGUAUUAACUUUUUCUGCCUGUAGGAUGAGCGCUUAUUCGAGGUGGACGCUAAUUCAAGGUUGGGCACUUAUUCGAAUAAAUACGGUUGUUGGGGAAAUGCAACUAAUCUUCACAAUUAUUUCAGAAUUCCUACAAACCCUGAUGCACCAGGUAUUUCUUCUUCAGUCAGAAUAACCUGGCCAGCGUCUUUAACAUUCUCUUACUGAUGUCUGCCAUGCUUUUGCUGUCCCUCCAAACAAUCCCAAGAACCUUUGUGGUCAUAAGUCAUACCAGUUCACUGCUGGUUUAGAAUAUGGCCAGUCAUUGUUCUACAAAGGCCCAGUUGCACUCACAGAUUUUCUGUGAUUUUUUUUUUAGCAAAACAGCAGAGACUGAUGAUUCAGUUGACACAGCUGAGAAAAAAGAAGAAACUAAGACAGCAGGAACAAACACAGGAGAUGUUUCCAGGUGAAUGUCUUAUAAAGGAACAGUGCUCAUAAAACCAUCUCAUGCAUUGUGCUUAAUUAUACGAAAUGUGUACAUGUUUAAAUACCAGGCCAGCUUCCACGCGUAAUUAAUGAUAAUUAUCUUAACAUGUGAAAAGAUCACCGUCGCUGUGGUACAUGAUGAGUCGCGCCUUCGGAAGCAAAAAGCAUAUUAAAGUUAAAUGGUUUCCGUUUGGUUUUUUAUGCAUGUUAAUUUAAUAAAUAACAUAUUACAUGGCCACUUGGGGAUUCGUAAUUUCUCUUCUCCUGUUUUUCAACACUCAAACUUUCGUUACUGUGGGGGGUAUGUAAUUUCCUGUAUAUCCCUGUUUUUGAAUGGUGAGAUUGUCAUGUCUUCUAGGUACAUGUAAGUCCUUUGGCUAGAAUGGCUCUGCUGCCCUUAAUGAAUAUUAUGUUAAUCGUUUCAGUAAUGGUCAAAGUGACACUUUGGCUACCGUAAACGAAGACCAUUUAUUGCUGUUGACCUUAGCAAGCAACCCAGAAAGAAGUCACAGCGGUGAAACUGAGACACUGCCUGAUAAAAGUACCCUGUCUACACCACACGCUCCACCCACCACAGCAGUGACUGCGGUAGGUCUUACACCAGGUGCAGCUCCCUUGGGUGAUAGUCAAGAUUCAUCGGAAGGGAAUGCUGCGGCUGAGAAUCCUUUUAAAUGUCCUCAUUGCGAUAAAUGUUUCUCUGGGCCAUCAGGUCUAAACCGCCAUGUUAAAAUCCACGAUCAGGAUAAGCCGUUUAAGUGUGUGCCGUGCGAUAAAGUGUUCUCCAGGCUGUCGAGUUUGAAGAGGCACCAAGGCUCUCACGCAGAGGAAAGACCUUUCAAGUGUACAGUCUGUGGCAGUAGCUUUCUGCAGAACUCAGAUCUGAAGAUUCAUGAAAGAACACACACCGGGGAAAAACCAUUUCCGUGUGAUCGCUGUGAACAAACGUUUGGAAGCAAAAAGCGACUAAAGGCCCAUUACAGAAAGCACACAGGCGAGAAGCCGUAUAAAUGUCCGCAGUGCGAGAAAAGUUUCUCCAUGAGGAAGAAUGUUAUUCAACAUAUCCGGACCCACACCGGCGAGAAGCCAUUCACGUGCUGGGUGUGCAAGAAGAAAUAUCGCCAUCAACACUCGCUUAAAAAGCACAUCCGUCUUCAUGCGGACAAGAGCAAGAACUUGGAUGAGUGCAUCAGCAAGAUCAAGGGAAACCAGUCGAAGUCUGGUGAAACUGCUGGCGAAAUGGAAGUUGAGGAACAGAGCACGCAAACAGAUAUGGAGGUAGUGGAGGUGGAUGAGGAGAAGGAUGAACGGGGACGCGAAGAAGUUGUCGCAGUGGAACUGGAUAAUGGGACUGAGAGAGUGGAAGUGGAAAUUGGAGAAGUGGAGAAACAGGCCGAACCAACGAAGGAGAAAGAGACUGUGAACAAAGUCAAAGAGCGAGAAGCCGCUGAGGAAACGGAAGUAGAAGUGGAGAAAAUCAAUAACGUUGAACAUUCUGAACCGAUGGAAAAAGGAAUGAGUGGACAAGCGGAUCAAACGGAAGAAAAGGUACCGGAAGUAGACGAUGCUAAAGAUGCUGAUCGAACGGAAGUAGAAGUAACGGAAGUGAGUAGCGUUUCACAGUCUGAACCGAUGGAAGAGGCAAUGACUAGACAGGCUGAGCAAACGGCCGAAAUUGCACCGGAAGUAGACAAGACUAUAGACGCUGAAGAAACGGAAGUAGAGGUUGCGGAAGUGGACAGGAGUAAACAGGCCGUGCAAACUGAAAUGAAUAACCAAGCUGAAAAAACCGGGGGGGUUGAAAACAUAGACCAGGAAAAAACAGAAGGUAGUGAAGAAGUCAAGACUACCGAGGGAGAAAAACAGCGUGGUCAAACGGUGACGGGUAAAUGUGAUGAAAAAGUGGAGAGAGGUGCAGAUGAAGAACAAAAAGGACCAGACGAGUGAGUGAACAAAAUGAGAAAAAGAAGUGUUGACCGGAAGUGGAAAGUACAUGACAAACGGAACAAAUUGUAAUAACUGUACAUAGUGUAGAAAUGAAAGCGUUAGUACAUACCGUCCCAGUGGACGUGCCCAGGAACAGGGAAGCCCCGCGGAGGAGGGGGGAGAGGGUACUUCCUUAUAAGAGGCUAAUGGGGAUGUGCUGCUGGGUGGGGUCGCAUUUUCACGACUGGAUUGACUAUAACAGGGUCGCAUUUUCAAUAGAGUUACUAAAAUGGGGUCGCACAUUUUCUGAUUUUUUGGGUAAGAAAGAGCAUAAUAUUUACGGUUAGCAAACGUACCAGAAUGUUUGUACUGUAGGUGAAAAGGAAAAUUUGUUUUUUAUUCAAUUUAAAAAAUGGGUCAAUUCAUUUAAGGAUGACCUAUUUAAAGGAUUGAUAAGGUAGAUACAUAAAUAGAAAGUGACUAAAUUGGGAUCACGAAAAUUACAUACAUGUAUUUGCCCAAAAGUGACUAAGGGCCUCUUUACAUGGAGUGGGGGACCCCGGCCUAGUGGGGUUGGUUUCUUUUGUUUUCACGCUCUGGGGACACAAAACAAAAGAAACCUACCCCACUAAACCGGGGUCCCCCACUCAAUGUAAAGAGGGUCUAAAAUGGGUUCUCUAAUUGGCCACAGAAUAGACUAUAAUGGGGUAGGGGCUCUAAGAGGCCAGCGGCACAUACCUGGC